AUGCAGCCUGGCGCUCUACAUAGUUUCGUCACCUUGCGAUGGGAAGAAGCACCUUAUGGUACCUUACGGUUUACCGGUACUGAGAAACGAGGGGAUAUCGAACCGAACCAGGCAUUGCGACAAGCAGAGGAACGGGGGGGGGGGGAGGUCGACUCGCGCGCAUCGCCUCGAAUUGCGGUUGCGUCGGGACCCGAUGACGAACCCGGGCUCUUGGUUGCGGAGACUUGUAAACGCUGUAACCUUUUGCCUGUGUCGCGCCGAAAAGUCUACUCCUCGCCUGGGUACCGUUACCAAGAAACAGAGUCCGCCGUGAUGGGCGAUCCCGAAGCCAAAGGUCCCCGCCCAGCGAGCAGAGGUACCUUGCCGACCCCGCCAAACAGCCGGCUGUGCCUUACGUCAGGGCGGCCUGUCAGAACAGUAGGCGCGGGCGGCAGCGGACAGUUCCUCAACACCCUCAACCACCAGAGUUUAACCUCGAGCGUCCAACAACUCCCGGUCUACCCGGCCAAGGACUGGUUGAAUGCUUGUGCGCGUGUACCUGCAAGAAGCUUUAAAAUCACACAAAAAGUUGGCAACGGCUACCGCAACUCUCCCACGCACCCCUGGCAAUCAUACCAAAGGUCGACAGUUCACCCACGCGGUGGCUUGCGUCGAUACGUCAACCUUAUCCGUGUUGCUCACCUUCAAGCAAGGUACCUCAGAUGCGAGUCACAUCAUCUCACCGCCCAAGCACAUACCGUCAAUCCGGCUCUCCCACGUCUGGAAAAGCCCCAAACCCGGCUUUCCAUCGCUUCUGACUGGUCAUCAUCACCACCGUCCGCCGUCCUCGCCGCCGCCUACGCAGUAUUGCUAUUGCGAAACUUGCGUCUCCCCCCGAUUUCUCCGCUUCAGUCAAGCCCACCUCCCGUCGUCCCCAUUGUCAAAAGGCUGCAUCGCGACCCUGCGAACGAGGGGUUGCGGCUUUGCGGCUUUGCGGCUUUGCGGCUUUGCGGCUUGCCCCAGUUCUCACCUCCCGGCCCUGCGUUGCCCCUCCAUCCCAUCGUGCUAUUCGCAGAUCAACGCUCGUCCAACCAACCUGGUGUCACUCGCUGCCGCCGCCGCCGCCGCCACUCGUCAACGUCCAAAGCCAGCCUGAGAUUUCGUCGUCGGCAUCCAACUGCACUCAAGACGUUGUUCGUCAGCAUGUCUCUCGGCCACUCGGCCGGUUUGUAUACGGUCGUUGGAGUCCACGGCGCCACCCAGCCCUGUCACAAAAUGAUGGUGGACGUCGAAAAUGACAGGAAGCGGAUCCCCACUGCAAAAAGAAAAGACGAGGUGGAUUUCGUCGGCUGGGGCUUUCUCGUGGAGGCGUCAAACUCGACGCAAAUGCUCCUUGGUCUUUGGUCUUUGCUGCUCCACGGCCUCGCGGCGGAACACUUCCUGCAGACCCGGUCCCGAGCAGUCGUCAAGGGCAGCGAAGUCUCGCCAAUGACUGCUUUCGCAAGCCGUGUAAUGGAUGCUGGACAUGGCGGCUGCAGCUCCGACAAGGUAUAUAUCUUCAUGCUUCCCAAUACCGUCCGAUCUGCACAUUGUUUGCUCCUUCUUCGCAUCAAGCCGGUGCACCAUGAUCGAAUGCACUUGCCCACAAACCUGAAAUGCCAUAAAGGGCGUCGACAGAGCACCGUGAGCAGUCAGAAGCGUAUCUGUUCUCAUUGUCACGGUUGGCACAUGGCAGUCGUUGACUCUCUGUCGACGUACCGGCACUACGGUCUGAGCCGACCUGCCGUCCGAUCCGUCAAUCUCCACACCUACCGGAGGCUCCGGCGUAUGCCACCUUCCUCUCGGUGCCGGCUCUCUGACGAAUCGGCCAUGGCAUCCUUUGCCGCCUCGAAUUCAGAGUGCAUACCAUACCUGACACGAGCGUCGCAAGAUGCUGAACAGAGCGUCGCAGAAGAAAUCAGUGGCCUGGCCGAGUACGAAAUCAUCGCACGUAGGCGACAGGGAAACACGUGGCUGAAGCGUCCGGUGCCACAGCAGCCCUCUGGAUGA